AAAGAUUCUCAGAAAACCUUAAUAUAUCUGACUGGAUUAUGAAAUAAUAAAUGGUUAAAUAGAUCAUGACAGUGCAACACAUGCUUUUUGUUUUUGCCGGUUGGGUGUUCCUUAUUUUUUAGUUUAAAUACUGCUGUUGUCAUCCGACUGGAAGACUCUUCUGAUCUUCUCUCAGUAUUCUUGAGCACCUGAAGAACUUCACAAAAAAUAAGCAUCUGUGCAUCUGGGAUUUGACUGAAUCAAGAUGCUGCUGAUCAUUGAAGCUCUUCUUCUCAUUUUAGCUGCUCUAGGACAGGAUCACAGAGCUGCUGUUGAAGGACAGAUAUUUCCAUUGAAUAUGGCACUGAAAUCAGCUGAUGACCAAUAUAAGGGAUGUAGCGAGAACAUGACACAUCUGUUGAACACAAAAUAUCUAGAGAGGGAAAUCAAUUACUCACCUGAAUUUAAAAAGGCUUGGCAAGAAGGUGAAGAGAAUGCCACAGCACCAGAAACUGAAUUAACAAGGAAUCAUUCUAUUGCCAUUUAUGUGUACACUAACCUUAAUUCUAGCGUCUAUAGCAAAUUUAAUAUGGCUGUUCAUAAUGGGAAACAAAAGUACACAGACCAGAUAUUCAAAUGGUAUUCACUUCACUUUUUGUUAACAGAUGCAAUACAGAUACUGACUAAAACACAAAAGAAAUGCAAGUCAACAUAUCAUGGUACAAAUGCUGAAUAUCAUAAGAAUGUAAGGGGCAAAGAGGUUCGUUUCGGCUCAUUUAUAUCAUCCUCUCUUGAUCGUAAAGUGGCACAAGGUUUUGGAAAUAAAUCUUGUUUUGAAAUCAAAACUUGUAAUGGUGCUAAUGUGAUCAAAUAUUCUAAGUAUCCUGAACAGAAAGAGGUACUGAUUCCCCCAAAUGAGAAGUUUAAAAUUACUGCUGUCAAGACAAGACAAUACCAGAAAGAUCUCUGGUGUGAGACUGUGUACAAGUUGAAAAGCUCUGGAACAAGAAGUGACCUGAACUGUGCAGUGGCUUUCAAGAAAUCAACAGGGUUCAAAUGCAUAUGCUCAAAGCGUGUUUGCACAAUGUAUGUAAUAUAACUGUAAAGCUGCUUUAAAACAAUGUGUAUUGUUUAAAGUACUAUAUUAUGGUGAAUGUAUGCAAGCGUUCAGUAUUUCUAAGCAUAUAGGGCAGAACAAAACUGACAGGAUACCAAUUGAGGGAACUCCACUGGUGGAGAAAUUCACAUUAGGCAGAAAAUUGGUCAGAAACUGCACUGCUAUCAGUUUUUGUAUUCCCUGGGAUUUCACCCCUUGGUUUUGGCAUUUCUAAAGCCUUGCUGUACCGCUUGAACGAAUGCAUGCUGAGUGGUUUGAAUUUACAUCUUUACAUUGCUUACUUCACUUCCACACUUAAUUACCCACACUUUUUUUUUCUUCUUUGACAGAAUGUAAUUGUGACAUAAAUGAAGGAUUUAAAGACAUGUAUUGAUUUACUUAUUCCUUAUGUUGUGUGCUGUAUUGUCUCCACAAGUAAGUUAGAGAUAAGUGAAUGACAAUGUUGUAAAGAAGUAAUUUCCAUUGCUUUUGCUGUAAUUUAAUAACAGAUGUUGAAUUUGUGCUGGUCAGAUGAAGAUUAUUCAAAGAACUCAAAUGCUCAUUUUUAUUAUAACUUGGUCUCCUGAAUCGUUCUCCUGUAUGCCAGUUAUGUCAUGGCCAGUUAGUUGGAAAGAGUUAAGGCAGGUUUAUGCUGUACAAUUUUGGCCACAAUCUGACCAUCCAAGACAACCUUUGUGAAUCCUAAAAGAUUCCUCUGAUCCUAGGCCAAAAUGUGAAGUCAUUGUUCACUUGUUCGACAUGUUCACCGACAUCUGAUUAAUGACCGUGGUGAUUAAAGUUUUGCCUCUGCCAAAAUUCAGGCAGUGUCAGAAGUUUUGAGGCUCAUAUUCAUAUUUCAACCGUUCAUAUUUUAUUCAUUUUUAGCCAAUGCAUUUUUGGAAUAAAUGGUCUACCCACUUUUAAA